UUUUAAGGGCGGAAAGGCUCCAACCCAAGGAUAAUAGCUUCAGCGCCUGUUGCGAUUCAGUCACUUCCGGGGCGGAUCGGAAGUUGCUUUGUUUUGCUUCAAGAUGGCUGCGGGGAUGUAUUUGGAACAUUAUCUGGACAGUAUCGAAAACCUCCCAUUUGAACUGCAGAGAAACUUUCAGCUCAUGAGGGACCUGGACCAAAGAACAGAGGACCUGAAGGCUGAAAUUGACAAGUUGGCCACUGAGUAUAUGAGUAGCGCCCGCAGCCUGAGCUCCGAGGAAAAAUUGGCCCUUCUCAAACAGAUCCAGGAAGCCUAUGGCAAGUGCAAGGAAUUUGGUGACGACAAGGUGCAGCUUGCCAUGCAGACCUAUGAGAUGGUGGACAAACACAUUCGGCGACUGGACACAGACCUGGCCCGUUUUGAGGCUGAUUUGAAGGAGAAGCAGAUUGAGUCAAGUGACUAUGACAGCUCUUCUAGCAAAGGCAAAAAGAAAGGCCGGACUCAAAAGGAGAAGAAAGCUGCCCGUGCUCGUUCCAAAGGGAAAAACUCAGAUGAGGAGGCUCCCAAGGCUGCCCAAAAGAAGUUAAAACUUGUGCGCACAAGUCCUGAGUAUGGGAUGCCCUCAGUGACCUUUGGCAGUGUCCACCCCUCUGAUGUGUUGGAUAUGCCUGUGGAUCCCAACGAACCCACCUAUUGCCUUUGUCACCAGGUCUCCUAUGGAGAGAUGAUUGGCUGUGACAACCCUGAUUGUUCCAUCGAGUGGUUCCACUUUGCCUGUGUGGGGCUGACGACCAAGCCUCGGGGGAAAUGGUUCUGCCCACGCUGCUCCCAGGAACGGAAGAAGAAAUAGAUAAGGGCCUUGGAUUCCCACACAGUUUCUUCCACGUCCCCGGCCCCGGGCUAGUGGGGAGAGGAAAGCCUGUGUUGGGGCCCGGGGGCUCAGGGAGAGCGGAUGGCGCAGUGUUGUCACCCCUUCUCCUUCCCUCUCCCCACUCCUGGUGCUGAGGCUGCAUCCAAACCCUGGUAGGGAGGGGUGCUGCAGCCGCUAACUGUUUGUGCUCUCAUUCAGCCUGCCCCCCUCAUAGGGAAGUGGUUAUGCCCACUGCCCUUUCGCCUCCAUGCCGAGGUUGGUGCUGUAUUUCCGAGGGAUGGUCCUCUUUACUCCCCUUGCUUUGUAUUUAAGGACUUGGGGCAGUAGCAUGGGGGUACUCCCCAGCCCUCCUAAUUCCCUCCCCCUGUGGGGGGCUGUGGUGUGAUAAGCUUUCUUCGUUCUCCUCCUGCUUUUUCCAUGGUAGGGGCGCCCCCAGAGCAUCUGGGCAGUGGCCUUAGUUGAAGGGGCACCCCUUCCUCUGUGCCAACAGGAUUCAUCCUGGCCUUGUGAAUGGGAGAGGGGGCAAGGUGGAAUGCAGAUCGCUCACAUGUAAAGGAAUUUGAGUAGGUGAAUAAAAGCUCUGCGUGUUGGUCUGCUGUGUUUACUGUAGACACUUUUAGUACAUGUGCUAAUUAAACUUUUUUUUGCAUCCUCCGGGUUGGACUAGAGGGGGGAGGAUGACAAUGCCAGAAGUAGAACGAGACAUAGAACCAGAAGUGGUACCCCUGCUCCAGAGUCCACAACUUCUCACCUUGGGGAGGACAAAGCUGGCUGGGGGGGUGUGCCUCCAGGGCUUUCCAAAACUUUUUACAAUUAUGCAUCUUUUCUCCGUAAACCAUCUUUCACUUGAUUUCCAAUAAACGUGUAUUUGUGUUUUGUGCAUGUACUAUUA